UUUGCGUGCCAGAUUGCCAUCACGUCAUUUUUACGUUCAUCGCGUUUAAAUCUUGACGGAAGUAAUGAAACUUCGGCGAAGAUACUUUAUAAGGAACCAGAGGGCCGGUUCAAAGGUGUGGUCCCUGACGGACAGCCAAGCGUUGGUCUUAAAUCCAAAGCCAAGCGGUGAACAGAGCCCAGAUCCUUCACAUCCUGCGAACCACUUAGUCAACGAAAGAACGUGCUGCCGCGGGAAGAUUUUUAUCUGGUGUUUACGGGAACGCGUCGCUCAUUAAACUUCUGAUGCACUUUGAGGGUCAAUAUAUACACAAGGUUAAAGAAACCAUUAAAGAAAUCGUCGACGAGAAUUGGACUGCCGCACGUAUCGAAUGGGCGGCGAUAAUACGGUGGGAAAGAGAGAGGCUGUUGACUCGAAGGAGGAGAAAAGGAGAGAUAGCGGAACACGGUGAACUUCCGCGUGGGCCUAUCUUGGGCCCGCAAAAUGGCGGUGACAGAGGCGUUUGUCCGUUUGCGGCGACCUCGGAAGGAUUUAUAUUCACGGCGGCGAAGAUUCAACCGGAGUUACCCGACAAGGCAGCCGAGACCCCCUAAUGAACUGUGGCGAAACCGGGCCCCGGGUGCGUCAACGGGGGCGUUUUCACGGGCAAUUAAUGCGGCCUUAAAGGGACCGCGCGAAACGCCCCCGCGAAACGAACUAGAGCUAUCUCGAUUAAAUCGAAUCCGUCAUUUCUGCACGUCCAAUUGUCAUGAAUCAACACACGCUCACGGAAAAAAUAGAUUAGGUGAUUCAUCACAGCUGUAGCUUACUGGGCGAAUUCAACAUCUUUAGCU